AUGAAGGUUCUCGUUAUCUUAUCAAUGGCAUUGGCUGCUGUCUGUGGUCAGUUCACGGGAUUCAGCGGAUCAUGGCCGGGUUCCAAUGGAUGGAAUACCGACCUCUGGAACCAGAACAUCUUCAAUCGCUUCGGAAGUCCCAACAGUGGUCUCGGCUGGAACGGAUGGAACGAUUGGAAUGGAGCCGAAGUGUCCGCUUAUGGUGGUUAUCCUUAUGGAGCAAAUGCCUAUGGUGCCAACCCGUGGAACUAUGGACAGGCUGCUCCUUGGGGAACUCCCUACGGCAACUACGGAUGGAACUACAAUAACUACGUUCGAAUGUCAAAUGUUCCGCUUGCAAAGCGGGAGGCUAAAGAAUGA